AAAAUGGCCGCGACUUCAAACUUAAAGAGUGUGUUUGUAUAUGUGCAUGGAUUGUAAUGGGAGUCUAACCUAUCAGCUGUCACACGAAAAUUAAUUUGUGUAGUAAGCAGCUAGUAAAAUUAUUUAAGCGUACUUUGCCCUCAUCAUUAAAUGAUAAUGUAUACGCUAAGGAGUGAAUAUUAAUUUAAUAAAAAGUGUUGGUGAAUAUCGUGAUUUAACGGCAGUUUCACCAUCGUUAGUCUGCAAUCAUUUAAUUUAUUUAGAGGAAAUACGACGUAUAAUAAUGGGGAACAAAUCGAGUUUGCUUUUGCGUGAAGAGGAGAUUGCUCAGAUCCAAGAAGCUACUGGAUUCACUCCGAACCAAAUCGAACGGCUGUACAGCAGAUUUACGAGCCUAGACCGGGGCGACUGUGGAACUUUGAGUCGGGAGGAUUUUCUUAGGAUUCCUGAACUGGCGAUCAAUCCUCUCGGUGAAAGGAUUGUCAAUGCUUUUUUUGAGGAGAGCGGUAAUGACAGGGUUAAUUUUUUGCAAUUUAUGCAAGUCCUUGCUCUGUUUAGGCCUAUCAAAAAACACAGCCCCAAUAGGUUGAACUCUAGACAGGAAAAAUUGAGAUUCGCUUUUAAAAUGUAUGACUUAGAUAACGAUGAAAUGAUCUCCAAAGAUGAACUCUUGGCCAUUUUACACAUGAUGGUCGGUGCUAAUAUAAGUGAAGAACAACUCAACAGUAUUGUGGAAAGAACAAUAGUAGAAGCAGAUGAAAAUGGUGACAACAUGAUCUCGUUUGAGGAGUUUUGCAAAGUACUCGAAAGGACAGACGUCGAGCAAAAGAUGUCGAUACGUUUUCUUAGUUAGAAAGAAUUUAUUAUACAUAUUUAUAUUUAAUUGAUUAAAAUAAUUCUACGUAGCUUAACCAAGUGUAAAUAGUACUUGACAUAUUAUAAUUAUAAUAUAUAAAUAUUUAUUUGACGGGUGAACUGCUGAUGCCAUAGUAGUAAAUGUCUUUAAACAAUUGA